CUUCCCAGUGACCGGGCAUCCCUUCCGGUAGAUGGGGUCAACUUUUCCCCAGAUCCGCCAUUUCAGUCCCGGAGUUCCCAGUCGCACACGUUAGUUUUGAUUUGUUGCUGAGAUUUGAACCUUUUCCCGGCAGGUAACAUUUCCUGAGGGUGCGGUGGCGGCUCCGCCUGCGUUAGUCGUCGUGGAAGUCUGUAGAGUCGCGGUUUUGGAGCGGGGUUUUCCAGCGGCGGCGACAGUCGGAGAAAGUUUUGUAUGAGUUGCGGGUCGGGAGAGGCGAAGGGGAAGGCCUGAAGCCUCGGACGGGAUUUCGCUGCCAUGGCCGGGAAUUUUGACGCGGAGGACCGCGGGAGCUGGUACUGGGGACGGCUGAGCCGCCAGGACGCGGUGUCUUUUCUACAGGGACAGAGACACGGCGUCUUCCUGGUCCGGGAUUCGAUCACCAGCCCCGGCGACUACGUGCUGUCGGUUUCGGAGAACUCCAAAGUGUCUCAUUACAUUAUCAACAGUGUCAGCAACAACCGGCAGUCUGGUCCAGGUCUGGCACCCCCUCGGUUUCGGAUCGGGGACCAGGAGUUCGAGGCGCUGCCGGCCCUGCUGGAGUUCUAUAAGAUCCACUACCUGGACACCACCACGCUCAUAGAGCCUGUGAGCAAGGCCCGAAACGCCAGCUCCAACAGCUCGUCUGCCGGCGCCCCUCAGCAGGGGGAGGAGGAGUUUGUGCGGGCGUUGUUCGACUUUCCCGGUAACGACGAGGAGGACCUCCCCUUCCGUAAGGGCGACAUCCUUCGCGUGCUGGAAAAACCCGAGGAGCAGUGGUGGAACGCUGCCAACCAGGAGGGCCAAAUUGGGAUGAUCCCUGUGCCUUAUGUGGAGAAAUACCGGCCUGCCUCGCCCACCGCCGCUGCUCCGGGCACCCCGGGCGUGGCGCCGGGUCAGGGUGGGCCCCUGGCUGGCACCGAUGGAAUAGGGAGCCCUACUGGAAACCCUCUGGGGGAGCCGGGCCAGUACGCUCAACCGGUGGUCAACACGCAGCUGCCCAACCUGCAGAACGGGCCUGUCUAUGCAAGAGCCAUUCAGAAGAGGGUGCCGAACGCUUACGACAAGACCGCGCUUGCACUGGAGGUGGGGGACAUGGUAAAGGUGACCAAGAUCAAUGUGAACGGCCAGUGGGAGGGGGAGUGCAAAGGGAAACAAGGCCACUUCCCCUUCACCCACGUCCGCCUGCUGGAGCAGCACCACCCAGACGACGAGAGCUGAGAGACGCUGCGCCUCCUCUUCUUCUCUGGUUUUGGUUUCUUCUUUGUGCUUGGAGAGCAUCUGUGGAUCCCGGCGCCUUAAUGAACUCGGGAGCUGACCGUGCAGCUCCAGACCUGUCGAUGGACUCCAUUAGGCGUUUACACUAAACUGGUAUCGCACACCGUCACUGUGGGCUUGACUAAAGCCACCUAAACCUGACACUCGCUCCGUAUUUACUCAAGUAGAUCACAUCUUCUCUUUCAUGUUUAGUAUUUAUUAGUGUUGUUCUCAUGAUGCUCGUCCGGCAGGAGUCCUGCACCAAGCCCCAUGGCCGCUCUGCUGCCUCCAUCCAGGACACUUACUGUGAGUCCAGAGUCCGGUUCUGCCCGAGCAAGAAAGGCUUAAAGGACCGGAUGGUCGUUUGACUGCAGCUGGGUUGUAGCAGCCACUGGAGAGGAUUCACCACUGUGCUUUCGUUCCUUCAGCCUCACUCCAGGUUUAUUUUGCAAUGUUUAUUCACAACGUUGGACUAAAAUCGAUGCAUUUUUCAGACUUUUAACCCUAUAACACUGGAGCUCUUUGAUUUAGUUUAAUUUUUUAAUUGUUAACGGUUGAAAAGUUAAAGACUUUGUGUUUAAGCGUCACCGAUGACUAGUGCUGCCACAUACGAUUAUUUUUACAGUCGAUGAAUCACUUAUUUUUUUUCGAUUAGCACACAACUUAACCAUCAUAAGAGUUUAACAAAAAAUGAAGAUACAUAGCAUUACCAACAAUAAUGUUGGUGUGAAUGUUGUAACCGGAAUUUGGCCGCUGAAGAUGCUAGUGCUGAUAGCUGAAGCUACUGAAAUUGAUCACGAAAA